UUUGUGACAAGAUUAGCUUCGCUGGCUAACAUUUUUUUCUUGCACUAUAUCUGGUGGAAAAUUCUUAACUGUUUAAAUAUUAUACCAAAUUUGAUGCGGGUACCUUCUAUGGGCUCUAAGAGACGACGCAUAACCUCUCCCUCCAGUAGUGUGAGUGGAGACUUUGAUGAUGCCUCUUCAUCCACUCCAGUCAGUGGCUGGAAAAGGAGAAGGGUUUCUAAUACCACUACUGUUGAUCAAAUUGCUGUUUGCCAUGAAUUGUACAACACUGUCAGGGAUUACAAAGAUGAGCAGGGGAGGCAGAUCUGUGAGCUUUUUGUUCGUGCUCCAAAAAGGAGGAACCAGCCAGAUUACUAUGAAGUGGUGAGCCAGCCCAUUGACAUGCUGAAGAUUCAGCAGAAGCUCCGGGCAGAAGAGUACCAGGAUGCAGAGCAAUUCUCUGCUGACUUCCAGCUGCUUAUUAGCAAUGCCAAAGCUUACUAUUCGACUGACAGCCCUGAGUAUAGGGCUGCAUGUAAGUUGUGGGAUAUUUUUCUAGUCACAAAGAGUAGCCUCCAGCGAGGAGGAGAUGGAGAGGAGGCGGAUGAGGAUGAGGAAGAAGAGGGAGAAUACUCUGAGAACCCUGGAGUCUCCACUGAGGAAGAGACUUCACCCAACUAUUUGAAGGGAGUUUUAGAGCAGCUUUUGGAGGCUCUUGUGUCUUAUACUGACUCAUCUGGGAGGCUGGUUAGUGAACUCUUCCAGAAACUCCCUUCUAAACUGCAGUACCCAGACUACUAUGCCAUAAUCAAAGAGCCAAUAGAUUUAAGAACCAUAGCUCAGAGAAUACAGCUGGGGCACUAUAAAUCUAUCAGUGCCAUGGCCAAGGACAUUGACCUUUUGACUAAAAAUGCCAAAACCUACAAUGAACCAGGAUCACAAGUUUUUAAGGAUGCAAAUACAAUCAAGAAGGUUUUCAUACAGCGGAGGACUGAAAUUGAACAGGCCGAACCUACAAAGUCUAGCCUCCGCAUCAGGAACCGGAGGUCUGUUCAGGGUGAUCGUCUGUCUGCUAUUACUAUGGCCUUGCAGGCUGGAUCAGAGAGUGAUGAAGACUCUCUUCUCUCAGGUUCUGUGAGGUAUGAUGUGGGGGAGAUGGAUGCUGAAAGUGGGCAGUCUCAGCUGAGUGCAGCUGACCCGAUCUUCCAGUUGUACCAGGCAGUGCGCGGGGCACGUAAUGCUCAGGGGCAACUCCUGGCAGAGCCCUUCCUCCAGCUGCCCUCGCGCCGGGAGUACCCUGACUACUACCAUCAGAUCAAACAACCCAUUUCUCUUCAGCAGAUCAGGGAUAAAAUGCGGAAUGCCGAGUAUGAGGGAGUUGAGCAGAUAGAAACAGACCUUACAACAAUGUUUGAGAAUGCAAAACGCUACAAUGUCCCCAAUUCUGCCAUAUACAAGCGUGCUCAAAAAUUGCAACAAUUAAUACAGCUAAAACGGAGAGAAUUCAGAGACGAUGAUGAGGGAGACAGUCUGCUGUCCUCAGUGACUACUGACACGGGCAGCAGUAGGAGGAAAAGCCAUAAGAAAAAUACCAAGAAAAACCGAAUGAAAGCACUGUAUGCAGCGGUUACCGAGGCACGAGAGGCAGGCACUGGGCGGCGGCUUUGUGAACUCUUCAUGGUCAAGCCAUCGAAGAAGGAUUACCCCGACUACUACCAGGUCAUCUUGGAGCCCAUGGACCUACGCACCAUAGAGCACAACAUCCGCACUGAGCGCUACAGCAGUGAGGAGGCUCUCAUGAAUGAUAUGAAACUCAUGUUCCGCAACGCCCGCCACUACAAUGAGGAAGGCUCUCAGGUAUACAAUGAUGCGGACAUCCUAGAAAAAAUUGUGAAGGAGAAGCAGAAGGAGCUUGGUCCGCCGCCUGAAGAAGACGACAUGGGCUCCCCCAAGCUUAAAUUACGGCGUAGUGGGGGAGUCGUUUCGCCCAAGAAGUCCCGUUCUCAGGCCACGCCCUUGCAACAGAAGCUAAGUGACCUCUACGAAGCUGUGCGCAACUACACAGAUUCACGUGGACGGCGCCUUAGCACUGUGUUCCUGCGCCUCCCGUCCCGUGCUGAGCUGCCCGACUACUAUGCUGCCAUCAAACGCCCUAUUGACAUGGAGCGUAUACGUGUUCACAUGGUUCAAGGCCGCUACCAGGAUGUGGAUGCACUGGCCGAGGAAUUUGUGCUCAUGUUCAAUAAUGCCUGCAUGUACAAUGAGCCCGAGUCACUCAUCUAUCGUGAUGCUCUGCUGCUGCACCGAGCCUUUCUGGACACCCGCCACCGCCUGGAGGGGGAGGAGGAGGAGGGCGAGGAUGGGGUGUCAGGCGGUGUGUGUGUGGCACAGCCAGUCCGUGAGCUUAUACGCAAUCUGUUUGUGUCGGUGAUGGGCCACCAGGAUGACGAGGGGCGCUGCUACAGCGACUCGCUAGCUGAGGUGCCAGCUGUAGACCCUAUCAACCCAGAGGAUCCACCGCUGAAUUUUGAGCUCAUUCGCAACAAUGUGGAGCGCGGGCGGUACCGCAGGCUUGAUGUAUUCCAGGAGCAGUUCUUUGAGGUGCUGGAGAAGGCCAGACGCCUCAACAGAACUGACUCUGAAAUUUUCGAGGACUCUGUGGAGUUGCAGCAGUUCUUUUUGAAGAUCCGAGAUGAGUUGUGUAAGAAUGGCGAAAUCCUGCUCUCACCAGCACUGAGCUACACCUCCAAACACCUGCAUGCAGAUGUAGAUCAGGAGAAGAGGGAGAAGCUGCCUCAGGAAAUGGAGGAAGACCGACUCAAAAGUGAGGAGGACAAGAAAGAGGAUGAGAAGACAGAGGGGCCUACAGGGGGACAGUGGUCAUCAGGCGCUCAGAGUUCCUACAGUCAGGACUGCAGUUUUGACAACAGCACAUACAGUGUGGGAGACUGUGUAUACGUGCAGCCAGCUGAAUCCAACCUGCAGCCCCACAUUGUCUGCAUCGAGAGGCUUUGGAAGGAUGAGGCUGGUGACCAAUGGCUGUAUGGUUGCUGGUUUUACCGACCGAGUGAGACCUUCCACCUGGCUACACGCAAGUUUCUGGAAAAGGAAGUAUUCAAGAGUGACUAUUACAACAGAGUUCCAGUCAGCAAAAUUCUGGGGAAAUGUGUGGUCAUGUUUGUGAAGGACUAUUUCAAACUUCAACCCGAGGGUUUCAGACCUGAAGACAUCUUUGUCUGUGAGUCUCGUUACACCACGCGAACCAAAUCCUUCAAGAAGAUUAAAAUCUGGACCAUGCCCCCUAGCACUGUGAAGUUGGUCCCCCGUGAUGUGCAAUUGCCUGUCGUCAGAGUCGCUUCUAUGUUUGUCACUACUGCAAAACGGGAUCAGGACAUCGCUGAUAGCGAUCAUGGUGGCUUCAUUGAGAAAGAGAGAGAGGAUGUUCCUAUAGACUUGGCCAGCAGUGAGCCUGGAUUUCAGCACUACGAACAGCUGUGCUACAAUACCAUGUGGCUGAAAGUGGGUGAUUGUGUCUACAUUCAGUCACAUGGACGGCCGCGAAUUGGGAGGAUUGAGAAGAUAUGGGUGCGGGAUGGAACUGGUUUCUUCUUCGGGCCCAUAUUCAUCCACCCUGAAGAGACAGAACAUGAACCCACCAAGAUGUUCUACAAGCGCGAAGUCUUCCUCAGCAACGUAGAGGAGACCUGCUCGAUAACCUGCAUCUUGGGGAAGUGUGUGGUUUCCUCCUUUAAGGAUUUCAUUUCCUGUAGGCCUACUGAGUUUAUGGAGGAGGAUGUGCACGUGUGUGUGAGCCGCUACAUUGAGAGUGAGAAGCAGAUGAAAAAAUUUAAAGGCUUGAAGCGUUUUUCCCCUUCAGCUAAAGUGGUGGAUGAUGAGAUCUAUUAUUUCAGGAAACCUAUUGUGCCCCAGAAAGUGCCAUCUCCUCUGCUGGAUAAGAAGAUUGAAGAGUUGGAAGCUAAAUUUGCAGAUAUGGAGGACCUGGAUGAAGAGCUAGAUGAGAUGGAGGAAGAGGAUGAUGAAGCACCAGAAACGCCUUCUAUGGCUCAGAGUCAAACUUCACUGACUAGUGACAUUGACCUGCCUUAUACUGCUCCACAGUCCACACCAAAGUCUAUAAAAGGCCUGUCAAAGAAGGAGGGAGCCAAAAGGAAGAUCAACAUGAGUGGCUACAUCCUGUUUAGUAGUGAGAUGCGGGCUGUGAUCAAAGCCCGCCACCCGGAUUUCUCUUUUGGAGAGCUGAGUCGCCUGGUGGGUACUGAGUGGAGGAACCUGGAGUCCUCUAAGAAGGCAGAAUAUGAGGAACGGGCAGCUAAACUAGUGGAGCAGCAGGAGCGAGAAAGGGUCUUCCAGCAGCAGCAAGCUUCCCCAAGAGCAGGUACCCCAGUUGGGUCGCUGAUGGGGGUGGUGCCACCCCCAGGUGCUAUGGGGAUUCUAAACCAAGCAAUGCCACCUAUGCCAGGCAUGAUGGGAAAUUAUGGCCCACCCUUCAUGCCUAUGCAGGGCCCGCCUGAGGGCAUGAUGGGUAUGGGUGGCACAUCUCCUCACCCCAUGGGGGUGCCCCCACUGCCCCCCCAACACUAUCUUCCACCGGGCAUGGCUGGGUACCCUGGUAUGCCCUCUCCUGGUGUAAUGAGCCCUGGUAUGAAUGGUGUGGCAGGCAGUCCAGGUCAAGGGAAUCAUUAUGGGAUUCAGAUGGGUUCAUAUGGCCCUGGGCAGCCAGCUCCCCCACCGUACCCUGGCCAGAGUCAGCCUGCCCAGCAGCCAGCCACACCUAUGUUUGUUGCCCCUCCUCCCAAGCCGCAGCGCCUUCUGCAUUCAGAAGCUUACUUGAAAUACAUAGAAGGGCUCAGUGCUGAUUGCCCCACUAUCAGCAAAUGGGACCAGACCCUUAAGGCUCAAAGGAAAGAUUCUCGCCUCACUAGGGAACAGGAGAGCCGUCUUCCUUCUCAUUGGUUGAAGAGCAAAGGUGCUCAUACCACAAUGGUCGAUGCAUUGUGGAGACUCCGAGAUCUGAUGAUGAAAGACACUCUGAACAUCCGACAGGCCUACAACCUCUAACCCUUAAACUUUGAUAGCUGAGACUCAGGACCCUUAUUUAUGCAAGACUAUAUUUCAACCAAAUCUAGUAUCAUGUCUAAAGCAGCCAAUGGUACACUUGUGUUCUAUAGCAAUAACAAUAUCAGCUUGUUUGUUUCAGAGAAGUGAAAGGUCGUAUGGAUGCACUGGAAUUCUCACAAAUGCAUUAGCUAAUUUAUAACUACUGAUAUGGGUUUCUCAUCUUUGUGGUGAUAAUCUGAAGUUUUAGAAAUAAUAUAAAAUACGGUUUUGUGGAAUAGAUGGUUGAACCACAUGUGCAUUUAAUUUGCUACACUUUUAACAACUUAAUAGAUGUGUAAAAUAACCACCUCAGACAUUAAUGUCUUCUAAAAAAUUCCCUAGCUUUAACCACUUGGAUGUGUUAUUCGUGGAGAAAACAUGUCGUGUGGAUAGAGUAAUACAACACCGUAGUAUUUUACCAAGGUUUUUUUUUUAUAACGCUGCCGAAUAAGCUUAGCUUACUUUUAUUUUAUUGAUGUGACGUUUUGCAUUUUGUAUGUUCAAAAGUAUGGCAGAAGUGUAAGUUUGUACUUGCUUACCCGAAGAUUACACAGAAAAUUUGACAUGAAGAAAAUGUGGGUGUUUUCAUUUCAGCAACUAAAGUGCAAGUGACGGUUCUAUUUUUACAUUUUUAAGAUCGCGCAUAUAACGGUAAGACGUAAAAUGAACUGGCUAACACAAUGCCAUAGUACAAUAUUGCUGAUAACAAAA